AUGAAGGCUUUGCUGAUCACCCUGCUCGUGGCAGUUGUGUGUGCUGAGCAAGUUUCCUCACUGUUUUGUUACACAUGUGAAAAUGAACAUUCCAACUGGAACUGCCUUAAUACCUACAAGUGUGAAGACCAUGAGAAGUUCUGUACGACCACAUACAGCUCUGCUGGGUUUGGCAAGGACGUGGCACAUCGUAUCACCAAGAAAUGCUCUGUGGACUGUCCUGAGACAAACGUGAACUUCGGGGUGGCAGGUUAUUCCACCAAGUGCUGUAGCACCUCCCUCUGCAACUUCAGUGGUGCCAACAGCAUCAAAAUCAGCUAUGCCGUGAUGCUCCUGGGAAUUGCAGCCAGUUUGGUCUGUGUCAUCAGGGCAGGAUUGUGA